UUUGAGCCCUGUCCCUUUCUCCUGCAUGGGGUGGGAAAUCCGAUCGAUCAGAGGAGGAAGCGAGCCGACUAGGGUGUGGGGAGGGGUGGUCUCAAGUCAACAAAAUGAUCUCGCCCGACUCAGCCUGCGAGACUCGCAAUGAUGGCUCUCGGAACGGUCUGCGUGACCGCCGGGUUAACGGGGCUCCUAAGUUUCGUGUUCCUGACGGUCGCGAUCGCCACGGAUUAUUGGUACGUUAUCGACGUGUCGGAUUCCCGUUACAACAAUGGGGAGGGCUGGGAAGAUUUAAACUCCCAUUCUGGGCUGUGGAGAAUCUGCGAAGGUAAAAAUGCUUGCAUUGCUUUGAUAGACCCCUUUGGUGAGGAGAGUCAAAGCGUGCCUGAGUCCCAGCAACACCUACUGUUUAUGCAGAAGGUGUUUGUCAUUUUGCUGCCCCUCAGCCUGGUUCUUCUGGUGCUUGGAGGGAUUGGUGGACUGAUCAGCUCUCUAGCUAAUGGCCUCUACCUGCUUCUGUUCACGGGGUCCUACUUCCUCGUUGGAGGGACUGUUGGGUGUGAAAAUCCCAGGAGAUCAGCAAUUUUGGAGAUGCUCAAACCACCCCGUCUGGCACCAACAAUCAUUCCAUGGUCGAAGUCACUUAGGUCACAUUUCUUCCCCAUUCAGAUGUUUGGUCUGAACAACACCUGAACCUCUUGACCAUGCCAGCAUGCUUUAGUGCAUUGACUUGCACUAAAUUGGCUAAAUGUGCACUAAACUUGCACAUGAUUGACUGAUUAAAGGUUUGCAUUUACGAGCAGGUGUACAGGGGUACCUAAUAAUGUAGCCUCUGUGUGCAGGUGCCUAACUUGUGCAGUGCUUAUGAUGUUAUACUUCAGCAGGGAGAUAUUCCUAUCUUUUCACUGGACUUUCUCAAUGCUUGAGUGAAUCUUCAUGAAUUCCAUGGUAUAGACUGAACAGAAAUCACACAAUUCAAGGCACCAAAAGCUUUGACAUUAAAUUCCUAAUAAACCAGCUUCAGUAACUUCCAUCAGUUGCUUUUUCUGAAAGUUUUGAAGAUGUACUGUGCAUUGCAGUGAACUGCGUCACUUGCAUCAAUGACCAGCGCAGGCUGAGGAUGAGCUGGGGGCAGCCUGCAAGUGUAUCCAUUCUUCUGGUGCCAACUGAGCAUGCCCACAACUUACUAACUCUAACCUGCACGGAAGUGAGAGAAAGACAGCGUACCCAGAGCAAACCCCCGUGCAGUCACAGGGAAAGCGUACACAUUCCUUACAGGCGGAGGUGGGAAUUGAACCCCAGUUGCUGAUCACUGGUGCUGAUGUAGCAUUAUGUUAAUCGCAGUGCUUCUGCGCCACUCUCCUGCUACAACAUAACCUAGACAAUGUUGAUGCCUUUCACAGUUCUGCUUCAGAGGUGGGAAGUGAAUGAUAGCAAAACCUGAAAUCCCUCUCCUCCUCAACUCCCUUGUUACACAGACAAGGGAAGAUUCAAUGUUUAUUGCCAAGCUUGGAAUACUGAAGCAUGAUAGCCAAUCCCACUGGGAGACAGACGCUCUAUUAUUCAAACUUGUAGGUGGAAUAUGGUGUUAAUGGUAGGAUUCUUAACCAUUAAUGGAAGGAACAGAGGGGUCUUGGAGUCCACAUCCAUAGAUUCCUCAAAGUGUCAGCACAAACUGAUAGGGUGGUUCAAGAAGGUGUUGACUCUCGUCAGAAUGGUAUUGAGUUCAAGAGCCAUGAGGUAACGUUGCAGUUCUAAAAUCACUGGUUAUACCACACUUGGAGUAUUGUGUUCAGCUUUGGAUGCCUCAUUAUAGGAAGGAUGUGGAAGCUUUAGAAGUGGUGCAGAGGAGAUUUAUCAGAACAAUGCCUGGAUUAGAGAACAAAUCUUGUGAGGAUAGGUUGAGCGAACUAGGGCUCUUUGGAUCGAAGGAGGAUGAGGAGUGAUUUGAUAGAGGUGUACAAGAUGAUAAGAGGACAGCCAGAGUCUUUUUUCUAGGGGGAAAUGACUAUUACGAGGGGGUUAUUUUAAGGUGAUGGGAGGAAAAUAUAACGGGGCAUAUCAGAGUUAGGGCUUUCACACAAGGAGUGGUAGGUGUGUGAGAGGGGCUGUCUGUGAGGUAAUGGAGGCAGAUUCAUUAGGGACAUUUAAGAGACUCUUGGCUACAUGGAUGAUAGGAAAUGGAGGGCUAUAUUGGAGGGUGGGAUUAGAUUGAUUUUGGAGCAGAUUAAAGGGUCAGCAUAGCAUUGUGGGCUGAAGGGCCUCUGCUGUGCUGUUCUGUUCUAUUCAGAGUAAAACUCAUACACUUUUCAACGGAGAAAAUUCCAAAAGUUACAAAGCUGAAAUUUCACGACGUGCGCUGGCAACGUUGGAACCCAAGUGCAGAGGAAAGACAGACUCCAUUGCAGAGAUUGUGACCUGAGUUUAUUCAUAACAAUUCCAGCAGAACAUUGACAGCUUGGCCGAGC